AUGGGUCCGUCCGUCGGCCACGUCAUCGCGUCUACCUCGGUCUUCGCUCCAUGCAGCCUCUCGGCGCUCGCCUUGGCACCGCUGCAGGCCUGCGGCGCGGAGCGGUGCCUCAAGCACGACACGAACGUCUACUGUCGUGGCGGGCGCCUGGCCGACCUCAAGGCCUUUAGCCUCCACGAGCCCGGCGACGCCGAGUACUCGGAGUACAUUGCCGCGCAGCUGCGGCCGACGACGUUGACGAACCUCAACAAGAAGGUCGUGUACCUCAUCGACGUGCACCUCGGCAAAGUCCACUGGCUCGUCCACACACGCUACUCGGCGCUCCGAAAGCUGCGCUGCACGCUCUUCAAGCACCUCUCCAAGCGCGCCGACGCGUGCCGCAUCUGCUACGCGUCUUUAAAGGGUCUGCAGGCGACGGUGUUUCCGCCCAAGGCACGACUCUUUGCGGCGUCGAUCGACAUGGCCAUGCGACAGCUCCAGCUCGCGACCUACGUGCAAACGCUCGUGCGCAUCCUGCAAGUACUUCGACAGCACUCGAUCCUCAUGCAGUCCCGCGUCGGGUGCGACGUGACACCCAUGCUGCGCCUCCUCGAAGAAUUCGUGGGCCUCGACUUUAGUCGGUACACGAGCUUCCUCGCGGACCGCGGCGUGCUCCACCCUCAAGAGACGGUCCACUGCCGCUAA